AUGAUUGAGCAUGAUUAAUCGAUUCCCCUUUAAUAGACAAUAUUUCGAAAUGGUGUCUCUGUUUUACCAUUACUAGUUAAGAAAAAUAGUAUGGGUUUAGCUUUAGAAAACAUUCCAAGAACUUAAACAUUUUCAAGAUAAAUGCAACAAUCAGGCCAUAAUGAUAGUGUAUAAUAAUCUAGAACUCCAACUAUGAAAAAUGAUUCACUUUAUGGUAAUAUUUUUAAGAAACCUGUUGUCAUUAAAAAACCAAAUUUUAUUUUAACAAAACCUGAUAACGACUUUAGUUGGCCACUNUUAUAUUACAAAGAGAGAAUGUAAAACAAGCCAUUAGACUGGAUUUGUAUUGGAUGCAAAAACCUGAAUUACUCUUUUAGGAAAUACUGCAAUCGAUGCAAAACUUUCACAAGAGAUGCUCCAGGCACAAAAUUCAUCCCAUUAGAACAAUUAAAUAUUAUUGAUUCAUUAAAACUCUCAGAACCUGAUCUAACAGGUAGUGGACAUAGUACUACAGAUAGUGUUGGAAGUAAAGCUCAAGAACAAGCUGUCUUUCAUUAAGCUCUUUUCUUAGAGAAUUUAACAUAGAAUAAACAAGAAACGGUUAACAAGAAUUUCAACUUUAUGAAAAUUUGUACACUAUGUAGAACAGAAAACUAUUUUUAUUAAUCUAAAUGUAAGUAAUGCGGAUUUAAGAUUUGA